UCUGUCCGCAUUCUGCAACAUGGACAUGCCAGACUGCAGCUCUGUUCUUGAACUGGGUGAAGCGCUGAGACAAGGUCGCUUGGACGAUACUCCGCUUCGCCGCACCACCCCCUCGAUUGCUUCGUACGUCGACUCAUCCAUCGAGUCGAGAUAUGACAAGUGGCGGCGAUGCGACGACGCGAUUGCGCACUACAAAGCAAAUCAAACGUCGGAAACUCGACAGAAGGACUAUCUGCAAGUCGUACUGUGCUCGGGACGUGCGCUGUGUCCGGACGUGACGGAGUCGUGGGCAAAUUGCGUCAAGCACUGGAAGGGCGACCACGAGCUGCAAUGCCAGUUUAUCAAGCGAAUGGUGGAGCGCUGUAUGCGCGGCGAGGCCACCGAGAUGCUGCGCCUCAUGGACCCUGCCAAGUUCCCCAAGUCGUAGCAGUCAAGUCUAGAUUAAACCAAGUAUGCACAAUAUAGAGCGUGGAUGGAUUAUUGCGAC